AUUUAACGUUAAAGGUAUAUAAAUAGCCUUAAGACGUCUGCGUAUACAAGUGGUGAUGGAACGGAGACAGACCAUCAACGGUUUUCAAUUGUCCGACUGGUGACCGAUCUGUAUAAACUGUAUAGGAAUUCCGCUGUAGAAUCAUUCAAAAAAAGUGAGCUGAUUGGUGGAGAAAUGGUGGAAAAAUAAUAACCAUUUAAAUAUAUUUACGGCGAGGUUCACAUGCUGAAUAUUUCAAUCUUCAAACGAACCAUGAAUGUCAUGUUGGAAGAGGUCAAAACUUAAUCCAUGCCAUUUGGCACGACGCUGAAGCGAAGAAAAUACGUGCAUGGCUGACAUGGAGAAAAUGUGUUUUUCGAAAAUGUGAAAGAAAUGUUUACAUUGAGGAGAUGAGUUGAUGUAUUUAGCUAUUUAUGAAUCAAAUGAAGACGGCCAAUGUAUGCAAUCGGAUGUUAGCAUUUUACGCCUAUGAUAAAAAUGCAAAAACGGAACAAGAGGACUGAAUGGCAAGGAAUGCAUUUAUUCGUAUAUAGCCAUUGCGAGUUAUCGCGACCAGCCGGAAUAAAAUGCGCACAAGAUCAAAGAAUUGAACUCGAUAUCCUUUGAAUAAUUCCAGUUUUCAACUCGGCUAGCCGAGACAUCUUGGUUCAUGCAAUCAUCUCAUUGUGAAAAAAAAAUCAACGCCUUUUCAAUUGAAAAUUAAAACAUGCAACUGGUUUUCAUUCAAGCCAUGACAAUCAGGUCAUUUGUGUUAUAACAGUCAUGUAUAGUCAGUGCGUUAGAUAUUAAUAAAUGAUGAAAGAACCUUGAUAAUUUUUUCUCACUUUUACAUUUGACGCGCGAUUCUCUUAUUUUUUCAUGCGUGAAAUCGUCUCGGCGUUUUUCGGCUCGUCCUACAGCCACACGUUUAUUACUGUCGUGUAAACGGAAACUCGUUGCGUGCGUGCAAUUUGAUUACGGUUAAAAAGCAAACACCGAAAAGAUAACGCGACAUUUAUAUAAAAGCAAAGAAAGGAGCGUCUCUUUCUUUGUUCAUUCAACGCCAUUGUGACCAACAUUGCGGUCAAGGCAACAUUAGAUGUUUAAACAUGCUAUUAACGAUGCGAAGAAUUAAUAACGAAUCUGUGUUCAACCAAUCAGAAUGCUGCGGCUAAUGUCUAAUACAAGUCAACGAUUAUUUAUAUGAUAAACGUAUGACAGUAGAGUGAAGGCGACUGUUCGUAUUGGUUGUUUCCCUCUUUGAUGACAGACAGCAUGAUUGCAUACAUACACAGUCUUGUUCAUGUUGUCAAAUGAUCCUAUGUGGUGAGGUGUACGUAUAGUCGGUUCAAGCGUCAUGUUUUCUGACAACAGAGACUCCAUGGGUCUUCUAUUCUUGUGUGUACUGGUCUUCCUGAUGCCUGUGAUGGUCGUUUCACAGCCAAAAUGCCUUCGUCUUAGAAUCCAAUCUUGCAAAGGACUCAAUUACAACCGAACAAUUUUUCCGAAUUUCGAAAACCAUCGAACUCAAAGUGCUGCAGAUGUUGCCAUCGGCCAUUUUAAUCCACUGUUUAAAGUGACAUGCUCGAACGAUUUGAAAUACUUUGUGUGUACAUAUUAUGCGCCUGUAUGUAAUACAUUGGGAAGGCUUCUUCCACCUUGUCGUUCACUUUGUGAAAGUGCUCGUGAUAGCUGUUUACACGUCAUGAAAAAGUUUGGAUAUUCAUGGCCGACUGAGCUCGCUUGUGAUAAAUUCCCAUUGAUGAAGGAUCAGAUUUGUGUUGGUCGCAAUCUCUCCAGGUCGUCGACGAAACGUCCUCCAGAUAAACCAACUCGAGCAACAAAGAUUGUAAAAGCUGGUGGUACGACAAGGAUUGUGCAUUUGGAAAGACCAACAAUAGCAAUUCCCGAAUUUCGUUGUCCAGAAGCCCAGAGAGCACCGAACGACUUACAUCGUUUCAUGGGAGAAAGAAAAUGUGGAGCGCCAUGUCGUAAUAUUUAUUUUACCAACGAUGAGAUCAAAAUUUCAAGAGUAUGGACUGGUUUUUGGAGUGCAAUAUGUGCUGCAUCGACUAUAUUUACUUUGCUAACAUUCUUUAUCGAUAUGCGACGGUUUCGCUAUCCUGAAAGGCCCAUUAUAUUCUUAUCCGGCUGUUACUUUGUCGUGUCGAUUGGUUUCUUUGCUGGCUUUGUUGGCAAAGAUAGUAUAUCCUGUAACGAUGCUGUUUCUGCUAACGCGAAUAAAACUUUGACUCAAGGCACAAAGAACGAAGCAUGCACAGUCGUCUUCAUGAUGAUAUAUUUCUUCUACAUGGCUGCGAGUAUUUGGUGGGUUAUUUUAACGCUAACAUGGUUUCUAGCUGCUGGCAUGAAAUGGGGUCACGAAGCGAUUGAGAAUAAUUCGCAGUUCUUUCAUCUGGCUGCGUGGGUUAUACCAGCAAUCAAGACGAUCGCCAUUCUUGUUUUGACAGAAGUGGAUGGCGAUGAAUUAACCGGAGUUUGUUUCGUUGGACUAUCGAGCGAAAGAGCCUUACGCGGCUUUGUUUUAGGUCCACUGAUUGUGUAUUUCUUUGUCGGCGUUUUCUUCUUAUUGUCUGGUUUCAUUUCUUUGUUUCGUGUUCGUUCCGUUCUCAAGAACGACGGCGACAAACGGGAGAAGAUCGAGAAAUUAAUGAUACGCAUUGGUGUGUUCUCCAUACUUUAUAUGGUCCCUGCUAUCACCGUUAUUGGAUGCCUAUCGUACGAACAAGCGAACAGGGAGCAAUGGCGACAGUCCUGGCUGGAUGCAUUUUUGCUAGAACGUAGAAGAUGUUUAUCGUGUAUUCCCGAGGUUGGUGAGGACAGACCAGAUUUUGCUGUAUUUCUCGUGAAAUAUUUAAUGUUCCUCAUUGUUGGCGUCACUUCGGGAUUUUGGGUUUGGUCAACCAAAACGCUGGGAUCAUGGCGACGAUUGUAUACACGGCUCAAACCGUCGAAAAACGAUGUAAGCACCUGAACUUUCAGUGAAGGAAACUAUUGUUCUGCUUUCUUUGAUAGAACGUUACGCUGUUCAACAUUAGGGAGGUGUUGUUAAAAAUAUGAAGCAUUCACUUGAUAUCUUACAAGAAGAAGACAAGCACAAUCGUGGUUUUGUGGCUAUGAUUUAAAUUUGUUGAGGUUUGUGAAUUGGCGAGCGUAAAUUAAGGGUCGUGCUGUGCCGAAGCCUUAUGAUGGCACUUCGUGGGGUUUCAUCACAAAGACGAAAUAGUUGGCGGUGCAUUGUUUACUUGUGUAAAUACUAGCUUUAUUAAACUGUAUACAAGUGAAAGAUCGAUUGUAAACGAGCGCCUUCAAAUCGCUCCGGAAAAGCGUUGAACAAUAGAGCAUGCACGCCUUGGACUAAAGACUCUCGUACGUUUGAACAGCAUCUUGCCUUCUGGCAACUCAUUCAUUAGAAUGUGCGCAAUUCUUUUAAGCAAAUUUCAUUGGAGUUAGGUCGUAUCCAAUGUAGUUCAUUUUUAAAGCAAGUUUAACAGAGAUUGUUGAUAAAAUAUAUGUUUGUUUAUAAAGUAGAUGUUUAUGUAUUUCUAUAGUGCAUGUUUGUCAAUGAAAUAAACGGCAUCUACGGUUACAACUGUCGCGCCAUGCCAUGUACAUGCUGUGCGCACUUUUGCCAAACGUAAAGUGCACUAUUAA